AUGCCCCAAGUCCGCGUCCUUCCACCCGACCCAUCCUGGCCCGCCUACUUCGCCCUCUUCGCCCAUCAAAUAUCCACAUACCUCAUCACGGCUCAAGUCCCCUACACUACGAUUCUCCACAUCGGCAGCACCUCAAUUCGCCACCUAGCCGCCAAGCCCAACAUCGACAUCGUGAUCUUGGUCGCGGACGCGGCAAGCGCCGAGCGCGCCGCCAACGCCCUGGUCUGGGAGCCCCCACCGCAGGAGUACUACAAGCGCAUCGGCGACGGCGGGAUCCGCGGGCGCCUGAGCCUGAAGUUCCAGGACUUGAAUCGCGAGCCGCGCCGGAGUGUGUAUGUUGUGCACGAGGGUGAUGCGGAGGGGAUGCUGGGGUUGCGGGGGUAUUUGGAUCUGAAGCGUGUGUUGGAAGAGGAUGAGGUGCUGAAGAGGGAGUAUGAGGCGGUGAAGUGGGGUUUGUUGCAAGAGGGGGUGACGGAUGGGGUCGUGUAUGGACGGGGCAAGGAUCAGGUGAUUGCAAAGAUCUUGAAGGCGGCGGGCUGGGCCGACGAGGAGGUGAGGAGGAAGGAGGAGCUGGAUCAUCGUGUCGUGGGGGAGGCUCAGGAGUGGCGUGAGGAGUGGCCCUACUGA